GAAUUAAUUCUUCUUGGCUUCGAUCAUAUUCAGAGAUGGACAGGAUUACUCUUCCUCCUGUUCCUGAUCAUCUACGUGCUGACAGUGGUUGGAAAUCUUUUGAUCAUCAUCUUGGUAUCAAUCAGUCAUCGCCUUCAAUCCCCCAUGUAUCUAUUUCUCAGGAACCUCUCCCUGUGUGAGGUCCUCUUUACUACAAACAUUGUGCCCAAAAUGCUCCAGGUCAUACUACAAGGAAGAAGCUCCAUAUCAUUUGCCGGCUGUCUGAGCCAACUCUAUGUGUUUGCAGCCACAGGAAUAGCAGAAUGUCUUCUUCUCACGUCAAUGUCCUACGACCGGUACUUGGCCAUCUGCAAGCCUUUGCAUUAUUCCUCCAUCAUGAGUUUCAAACAGCAUGCCUACUUAGUCACCUUCUCAUGGGCGUGUGCGAUAAUCCUACCUGAAAUUUCCAUAAGUAUCAUUUGUUUUCUUGACUUCUGUGGAUCUAAUACCAUUGACCACUUCUUUUGUGAUUUUGCUCCACUCAUCAAACUCUCUUGCUCUGACACCUCAACAGUAGAAUUUGAAGUCUUUGCUCAAACUAUUCCCGUUUUUCUUUUUACUUUUAUCUACAUUAUAGGAACUUAUUUCAAUAUUUUCCUUGCCAUCUUGAAGAUUUCCUCCACAGUUGGGCGCCAGAAGGCUUUCUCUACCUGUAGCUCCCACCUGACUGUUGUGAGUAUGUAUUACGGCACCAUGAUCAUCUUAUACGUCACCCCGAACAGACGACAGUCGCUAAAAAUAAACAAGACUUUUUCCUUGCUGUACAGUGUGGUGACUCCACUAUUAAACCCAAUCAUCUACAGCCUGAGGAACCAAGAGAUAAGGAAAGCAUUCUCUUCAUUAAUUUUUAAAAAAAUAUGA